ACAUACGUCUUGAAGCAGUGCGUGAUAGAAGGGUUCUGAAAUCGAAAAAUACAGAAAAGAGAGAUUUGAUAACUCAGAAUGGCACUACCAAAGGCAAAGGAGAUCGUAUCUUCCAAUCCCGUCGUCGUUUUCAGCAAAUCCUAUUGCCCUUUCUGCGUCCAAGUCAAAAAACUAUUCACUAAUUUGGGCGUCACUUUCAAGGCCAUUGAACUCGAUUCUGAAUCUGAUGGAAGUGAGAUCCAAGGAGCAUUAGCUGAGUGGACUGGUCAGAGGACUGUGCCAAGUGUUUUUAUUGGUGGAAACCACAUCGGCGGCUGCGACGCAACAACUAACUUGCACAACCAGGGUAAGCUGGUAUCCCUGCUGGCGUCUGCUGGAGCUGUUUCUGGGUCAACUUCUUAAAGAGGAGCUGGAAUUCUGGUUACAAAGUUAAGUACUGUAAUAAAAAUGCUCAAGUAAGAGUAGAUGUAACUCAAUACCCUGAAACUUGUGUUUAUUCUUGUGAUUCUCUCUAAAGUUUGAACUACAACUUAAUCAAUUAAGUCUAUUAUACUUUAAGUUUUGGGGUAUUGACAGCAGUUAUACUGUUAUAUAUAUUCACCUCAAAAUGUUUCAACUAGGAAC